GAAAAGCAAAACCCACAAUUCCCCUAUCCAGUCUAUAAUCUAUAUAUUAUAUAUCCCUCCUUUUCCUUCCAGCAAUCCAAUCUUAAUUUUAUUACUGUCUUUGAAGAUAUGGCGAGUGACAUGAUGGUUGAGAAUGGAAAUGGGAACAGCUUGCCAAAUGACUCUUUCUGCAUUAGCCGUGACCCGCUCAACUGGGGCAGUGUGGCAGAAUCACUCAGUGGAAGCCAUUUGGAUGAAGUGAAACGUAUGGUGGCUGAGUAUCAGAAGCCGUUGGUGAAGCUCGGUGGCGAGACCUUGACCAUAUCACAAGUUGCCGCUAUAGCUACGCGUGAAUCGGUUGUCAAGGUGGAGUUGUCAGAGGCCGCCCGUGCCGGUGUCAAGGCUAGCAGUGACUGGGUCAUGAACAGCAUGGAUAAAGGGACAGAUAGUUACGGUGUAACUACCGGGUUUGGCGCCACUUCUCAUAGACGGACCAAACAAGGUGGUGCCUUGCAAAAGGAACUUAUCAGAUUUUUGAAUGCUGGUAUCUUCGGAAAUGGGACAGAGUCAUGCCACUCCCUGCCACACAGUGCCACCAGAGCUGCCAUGCUGGUCAGGAUCAACACUCUCCUCCAGGGUUACUCUGGUAUCAGAUAUGAAAUUCUAGAGGCAAUCGCUAAGCUUCUCAACCACCACAUCACUCCAUGUUUGCCACUCCGCGGCACAAUCACCGCCUCUGGUGAUCUUGUUCCUCUGUCCUACAUAGCCGGAUUGCUCACCGGUAGGCCUAAUUCCAAGUCUGUGGGACCAAAUGGAGAAUCCCUCACUGCCCAGGAAGCCUUUCAGUUAGCCGGAAUCGAAUCCGGGUUUUUCGAAUUGCAGCCUAAAGAAGGGCUUGCUUUAGUCAACGGGACCGCAGUUGGGUCUGGUUUAGCCUCAAUUGUCCUUUACGAAACAAACAUACUUGCUGUCUUAUCUGAGAUCCUCUCUGCAAUUUUCGCUGAAGUAAUGAACGGAAAACCGGAAUUCACCGACCAUCUGACUCAUAAAUUGAAGCACCACCCCGGCCAAAUUGAAGCAGCGGCAAUAAUGGAACAUAUUCUCAACGGUAGCGCUUAUGUUAAAGCAGCCAAGAAAUUGCACGAAAUGGAUCCCCUGCAGAAACCGAAGCAGGAUCGCUAUGCUCUGAGGACAUCUCCACAAUGGCUCGGCCCCCAGAUUGAAGUGAUCCGAUUCGCAACAAAAUCAAUUGAAAGAGAAAUUAAUUCUGUUAACGACAACCCUCUGAUCGAUGUUUCUAGAAACAAGGCUUUGCACGGUGGCAACUUCCAGGGUACCCCGAUCGGAGUCUCCAUGGACAAUUCCCGCCUGGCAAUUGCAUCUAUCGGGAAAUUGAUGUUUGCCCAAUUCUCGGAGCUUGUGAACGAUUUUUACAACAACGGGCUUCCGUCGAAUCUGUCCGGUGGCCGGGAUCCUAGCUUGGAUUACGGAUUCAAGGGUGCUGAAAUCGCAAUGGCCUCGUACUGUUCGGAGCUCCAAUAUUUGGCAAAUCCAGUCACCAGCCAUGUCCAGAGCGCGGAACAGCACAACCAAGAUGUCAAUUCUUUGGGGUUGAUCUCCUCCAGGAAAACUGCAGAGGCCGUUGAUAUCUUGAAAUUGAUGUCUUCCACUUUCCUUGUGGCACUCUGCCAAGCCAUUGAUUUGAGGCAUUUAGAAGAGAAUCUGAAGAACACAGUGAAGAACACCGUAAGUCAGGUGGCCAAGAAAGUCCUAACCACCGGCGCUAACGGCGAACUCCACCCUUCAAGAUUCUGCGAGAAGGAUUUACUCAAAGUGGUGGACCGCGAACACGUGUUCGCCUACAUUGACGAGCCCUGCAGCGCCACCUACCCACUACACCAGAAACUCCGCCAAGUCCUCGUCGAUCACGCCUUGUCCAAUGGCGAGAAGGAGAAGAAUGCAAACACCUCAAUCUUCCAAAAGAUCGAAGCUUUUGAGGAAGAACUGAAGACCCUUUUGCCUAGAGAGGUGGAGAAUACCAGAGUGUUGUAUGAAACCGGAAAUCCGGCGAUCCCCAACAGGAUUAAGGAAUGCAGGUCUUAUCCCCUGUACAAGCUUGUGAGGGAAGAGUUGGGAACUGGGCUUUUGACCGGAGAAAAGGUGAGGUCCCCCGGCGAGGAGUUCGAUAAGGUUUUCACGGCGAUCUGUGAGGGGAAGAUCGUCCAGCCCAUGCUGGAUUGUCUGAAGGAAUGGAAUGGCGCUCCUCUUCCACUCUGCUAGUUUCAUUUCGUUUGCUAUGAUUUCAAUUUUAAAUUUUUUUUUUUUUUUUUGUGUUUAGUUACCAUAUAGUUUGUUUAAAUAUUUGGGUUAAAGCCAACUAUCAUCCCUCUUCUUUUUGAAAAGGUUCAAUUUAACCCUUCUACUAUGAAAUCACAUCAGGUCGUCCCUUUACUUCAGUUUGAGCUCACAUGUCUUCCCUCUACCAUUCAUUCCAUGGCUAAGACCGUCACUUUUUACCGCUAAAGCCUAACAGUUUGGCUAACACCAUAACUUUUCUCCAAU